AAUGAUGAUAACUUGUUGCAGAUAGUUCUGGUCAGAAAACGUGCAGAAUAAAGGAGACAAGUGUCUGGUAAAAAAAGAGAGAAAAAAAAUAAAAUAAAAAAUAAGGCGAAUGAAUCUGGUGGCCUGGUGGGGAGUGGGGACUCCGCGAUCCUCGACAGUACAAUUUCACCGAGUUCCCAUCAGCAGUGCGAAGGGGAGUCCCAUGGCUGACCCCAAGCGAGUAGUUGUCUGCGGCGGCGGAGUCAUCGGAGUCUCCACCGCCUACUUUCUGGCGGAGAAGGGCGCCGACGUCACGCUCAUCGAGAAGUCCGACGUGGCAUGCGCCGCGUCCGGAAAAGCCGGUGGAUUCCUCGCCCUCGAUUGGUGCGACGGAGGACCGCUGGAAGAGCUAGCUCGCACGAGCUUCAAUCUCCACCGUUCGCUCUCCGAAGAACUGGACGGUCCGCGAUCGUACGGUUACAGAGCCCUCACCACUCUCAGCCUCACCGUUGCCGAAUCCGAAGGCUCCUCUUCUGCCACAUCAACGUUGCCGUCUUGGGUUAACGGAGCAGCUCGCAGUUGUAAAACGAUUGGAACACCAGAAACGACGGCGCAGGUGCACCCGCGGCUCUUCACUCGCGCGCUGAUUGAUAGAGCGGUGGAGAAGCAUGGGGUGAAGGUGGAGAUUGCCAAACUGGAACGGUUGGAAGUGGAAGAAGGACGAGUUGGAUCGGUGGUGCUUGAAGGAGGACGAGUUUUGGAAGCGGAUGCUGUUGUGUUGGCAUUGGGUCCGUGGUCCAGUAAGUUAGUUCUGUUAUCAUCGCUGUUUAGAGUUUAUGGGCUUAAGGCCCAUAGCCUUGUGUUAGAGCCCAGAGAACACAGUUCCAUAACUCCACACGCGCUUUCUCUCACUUAUUAUCCCUCCGGACGAGAAACACCUCUUGUUGACCUAGAAGUGUAUCCUCGUCCCACAGGGGAAGUGUAUUUGUGUGGGGUGGGGGAGGUGGAAGAGGUGCCGGAUGAUCCUGAGGAGAUAAGGAGCAACCCUGAAUGGAAAGAGUUGCUGAGGAGGGUGGCGAAGAAUGUGUCGAGCUAUCUUGGGGAAGAAGUGGCACGUGUGAAGGCAGAGCAAGCGUGUUUCUUGCCCUGCACUGAUGAUGGGGUACCUGUAAUAGGAGAGGUUCCAGGGGUGAAGGGGUGUUAUGUGGCCACAGGGCAUAACUGUUGGGGUAUUCUCAAUGGUCCUGCCACUGGUGCUGCUGUUGCUGAGCUUGUUGUUGAUGGACAUUCCAGCAUUGUUGCUCUUAAGCGCUUUAGUCCUGCUAGAUUCCUUGGGCUUUCUAGAAAGGCUUAGACAAACUGUUUCGUGCCUAGUAAAAAAUUUGUUACAUGAAAUGAUAUUUUUAAUUAAUUGGAUCAGUAGAAAAAGUGUAGUAACUGAUGCAUUUUCCUCCCUUGCCGAGACCCUUCUACAUUUUCAUGCCAUCAUCAUUAUGUAGUUUGAAAUAAAACAAUGUAUAUAAUCAGACUUGACCAGAAUUAUAUCUAUCGUCUAGCGCAGAUGACUGCAAAAUGUUUUUAA